GGUGUAAACAAAAGUUCUUUUGAAGAACCGGCAGCAAGAUGUUACCGCACCGGAACGUGAACCGCCUGGUCGGGACCGUUCGGCGGUUCAUGUCUACGGCAAGUGUGCCUCGGGACGAACCAAAGUUUACGCACACCAUAAAUCUACCCAAAACGAAGUUCCCCGCUCGGCUGAACGCCGACAAGCGAGCCGAUGUUCAGGACCGGUUACGGAAGACCUGCUUCGCCGGCCUGUACAACUGGCAGCGGGAGAACCUUCCCGCGGAGCGGGAGUUUAUCCUGCACGAUGGACCGCCGUACGCCAACGGUGACCUGCACAUGGGCCACGCCAUCAACAAGAUCCUGAAGGACCUAAUCUUGCGGCACAAGAUCGUGGAGGGCCGGCGGGUUCAUUACACGCCCGGCUGGGAUUGCCACGGGUUGCCGAUCGAGCUGAAGGCGCUGGACGCCUACAAAGGAAGGAAGGAGUCGUUGGACCCGCUCAAGAUCCGGCAGAUGGCGCGCAAGUUUGCACUGGACACGAUCGAGAAGCAGCGCGGCGAGUUUGAGCAGUGGGGCGUUACGGCGGAUUGGGCUAGGAGCGGGGCUUGGUACAGGACGAUGGACGUGGGUUAUAUUGGGGCGCAGUUGCGGUUGUUUCGGGAACUGUUUGAGCGGGGGUUGAUCUACAGGGAUCUGAAGCCGGUGUAUUGGUCGCCGUCGUCGCGAUCGGCACUGGCCGAGGCGGAGUUGGAAUAUGAUGAAGCUCAUAAGAGUCCGUCGUUGUACUUGAAGAUGGAGAUCGCCUCGACGGGAUGUUCGACGAUCCAUGAACGACUUGGUGAAGGCGUUUCAGCGGUUAUCUGGACGACGACUCCCUGGACGUUGCCAGCUAAUCAGGGAAUUUGCUUCAACCCUGAUCUGAGUUACAGUUUGGUUCAAACUGAUCUACGCGAGCUUCUUCUAGUCGGAACCGACUUGAUCUCGUACCUUUCAGAACAACUGCAACUCCCGUUGAUCAAGGUAGCAGAUAUCCGAGGAUCUGAAUUGCAGUCAACCCAGUACAGACAUCCAAUAACCUCGGAAGAGCUUCCCUUCCUUCCAGCGAGUCACGUGAAGGCCGAGAAGGGAACCGGUCUCGUUCACACCGCUCCAGCUCACGGUCCGGAUGACUUCCUGGUCUUCCUGAACCGCAAAACACCGAUCAAAUCCCUGAUCGACGAAGCCGGUUGCUACAACCAGACCGCUCCGGAGUUCCUCCGAGGAAAGUUCGCCCUGACCGAGGGUAACCAACUCGUCUUGGAACACCUCCGCGAUCAAACCCUGUCCUGCGGUACGAUCGAGCAUUCGUACCCGAUCGACUGGCGUACGAAGCAGCCGGUCAUGCUGCGAGCUAGCGCCCAGUGGUUUAUCAACACCGAUCGACUAAAAGAGUCCGCGCUGGCUGCCGUUGACAAGAUCGAGGUUUACCCGCAAACCUCGGCGGAGGUCAGCAAGAAGGUUCUGCGCGGGCAGCUCCAAAAGCGGCCUUACUGGUGCAUUUCCAGGCAGCGGGCUUGGGGUGUUCCUAUCCCCGUGGUUUACGAGAAAAAGUCGAUGACUCCGAUCGUUCACGCCGGGAUCAUCGAGCAGGCUUGUCGAUCGCUGGCGAGUACCGGCAACGUCGACUUCUGGUGGUCUUCAACCGUUGAACAGCUCGUCCCCAAAGAAGUCCUCUCGGAACUCGGCCUCUCCCCGCAAGAUCUCACCAAGGGCAACGACAUCCUGGACAUCUGGUUCGACUCCGGCAUCUCGUGGCUGAGCGUCCUCGGACGCGAUCGCACUGCCGAUCUCUACCUCGAAGGUCUCGAUCAGUUCACCGGUUGGUUCCAAUCAUCCCUACUCACGAGCGUCGCCGCGCGGAACACCAGCCCGUACCGUGCCGUCUUCGUGCACGGCUUCGCCGUAGACGAGCACGGCAUGAAGAUGUCCAAAUCGCUGGGCAACAUCAUCUCGCCGAAAGAUAUCGUCAAACAGUACGGCUGCGAUGCGCUGCGUUGGUGGGUCGCCGCGCACGCCAUCCAGCACACCUCGAUUCCGGUGAGCCACAAGCUGCUCGGUUCCUCUGCCGAAAGCGUUCAAAAGCUACGCGGGAUCUUCAAGUAUCUCCUCGGAGUCGUCUCCAGCGAAGACACCAAAACACUCGAUCCCGCCAAACUUUUCCACGUUGAUCGGUACUUCUUGCAGCAACUCCAACACUUCAAUGACACCGUCUUCAGCCAGUUCGACUCGUACCAGUACAACAAGGCCUCCUCCAACAUCCUAACCUUCAGCGUGUCCACGCUGUCCGGGUUCUACCUGCACCUGAUCAAAGACCGCCUGUACUGUGGCCCAGACGCUCAGUUCCACAACCUCCGAGCGAUCCUCACCCAAACGCUCGAGACGCUCUGCAAAGCGCUGUGGCCGAUCGCGCCCUUCCUGGUUGAGGAAUGCUGGUCGUACCGAGGCUCCGACCCGUUCUUCAAAUCCUGCCAACAAUGGAAUCGACCAGCUCUGCCGGAAGACGCGUCGACGGCAGCCAUCAUCGAGCAGGCACUCGAGCUGAAGCGCGCCGUCUAUCAGCAGUCCCAGCUGGACGUCAACACGUGGUUGCUGGCCGUGGAGGCCACCGUUCCGAAGGUAGCGUUAGACCUGCUGAAGCGGCUUCAUCCGACGCUGGAGGAGCCAAACUGUAGUUCAGAGCUGUGCGAGCUGCUUCAAGUUGGUUCGAUUGCGCAAAGGGGCAGCGAGGUUGGGGUUCAGAUCUCCCGGAAGGAUUUGCGACUCUGUGCGCGGUGUCGAAGGUUUGGAGUUUCUGGGCACGGUCACGUUUGUGCGCGAUGUGAAGCGGUGCUCAAGGUGAAGGGGGUGUAAUGUUAAGUUUAUGCUUGUAGUUAUAUGUAGUUUCUGUUAUUAAAUGAGUUUGCUUUAAAAUACUUUGAA